GAGAAAAUGUCUGGAAUUCCGUUUCCGCUUUAGGGAGUGGACACAGAUUUCUCCCUUCUUGUCCCCGGUUCGCUCGCUUCUGUCCCGGACUAACGACGAUGGCCUCUUCGCCUCAGAAGUCUCCGUCCUCCCCCAAGUCCCCGACCCCCAAGUCCCCGUCCUCCCGCAAGAAGGACGACUCCUUCCUGGGGAAACUCGGAGGAACUUUGGCGAGGAGGAAAAAGGCGAAAGAAGUGUCUGAGCUUCAGGAGGAAGGAAUCAACGCCAUCAACCUUCCUCUCAGCCCGUCGCACUAUGAGCUGGACCCUGAAGACACCAUGUUGGAGGAGAAUGAAGUUCGCACUAUGGUCGACCCGAACUCCAAGAAUGACCGAAAGCUGCAGGAGCUCAUGAAGGUGUUGAUCGACUGGAUAAACGACGUCCUGGUGGGAGAGAGGAUCAUCGUGAAGGAUCUGGCCGAGGAUCUGUACGACGGGCAGGUUCUGCAGAAACUGUUCGAGAAGCUGGAGGGGGAGAAGCUGAACGUGGCCGAGGUGACGCAGUCGGAGAUCGCCCAGAAACAGAAGCUGCAGACGGUGUUAGAGCGAAUCAACGACUCGCUCAAACUCUCCACCAGAAACAUCCGCUGGAACGUGGACUCGGUUCAUGCUAAGAGCAUAGUUGCCAUUCUCCACCUGCUGGUGGCGCUGUCGCAGCACUUCAGAGCACCGAUCAGAUUGCCCGACCACGUUUCCAUCCAGGUGGUGGUCGUUCAGAAGCGAGAGGGAAUCCUUCAGUCCAGACAGAUUCAAGAGGAGAUCACAGGAAACACAGAGGCCUUCUCUGGCAGACACGAGCGCGACGCCUUCGACACGCUGUUCGACCACGCGCCGGACAAACUCAACGUCGUGAAGAAGACAUUGAUCACAUUUGUGAACAAACAUCUGAACAAGCUCAACCUCGAGGUGUCGGAACUGGACACACAGUUUGCAGACGGGGUUUACCUGGUGCUGCUGAUGGGUUUGCUGGAGGGAUACUUCGUGCCGCUCCACAACUUCUUCCUCACACCAGAGAAUUUUGACCAAAAGGUCCACAACGUGUCCUUCUCCUUCGAGCUGAUGCAGGACGGAGGUCUGGAGAAACCAAAGCCCCGACCAGAGGACAUUGUGAACUGUGACCUGAAGUCCACCCUGCGUGUCCUCUACAACCUCUUCACCAGGUACAGGAACGUGGACUGAGCACCAGCAGAGAGCUUCUCCUCCCUGGACCACACCAUUAUCAAAACUGUUUGUUUCUCACCUUCUGCUCGUUGGAGAAACGUGUUUUUAUCCAAACUGCAUGCGUCACAUUUUGUAUCUGCUGAACGAUGCUCCACUCGAACCUGAAUCCUGCAGACACGUUCAGCUUCUGGCUUUUUAUCUAGAACGUGGGCAUUUUCUGAACAUCCUGCAGAAAACGAUCAAAUCAAUGAAAACUGGCGAAAAUAAUGUUGAUUUAAAUCCAGUUUCAUGUCCGUCUCGAACAUCGUCAACUCGCCCACUCGCUCACUGGGAAUGUUGUGAUCAUGCAAGAGGACACGUGUUUUUGUUCACAGCAGAUCCACACACCCGUCACUCCUGUCAUCAGAUAUUCUUAUUCUUUUAAAGGAGAGAAUUUGUAAUGAUGCUACUUUUUUCCCUGUAUUUAUUCUUCAUUCUAACUUCCUCUCUCUCUCUCUCUCUCUCUGCUCUUGUUUGUGUUUAUUGAUAAGUGCCUUUAUUUAAACGGCAGCUUCUUCAUAUCAGACUCGUCUUCUCUCCUCUCGUCUUAACGCUGCACGUCUCUUUUUGGAACGUGUGGAAAUCUUUGACCAAAGUUGUGUUAUAUUCACACUCUAAAACCUUAUAAAGGCUUGUUUUUGUAUUAUGUGCUCUCUUAUUCUAAAAGGAAAUACAUAUGAGCAUUGUAUAAUCACUCUGCUGCUUAGUACGUUAUUAACGUUAUAUUUUUAAUACUCAUUGGUUCUCACUCAUUCCUGCAGGAUAAAUAACAUGUGACUGAAUAUACAGUGUUUUCUGCAGCAUUGUGACGACAUCAUGCUUCUAUUUAAGUUUUAAUGCAUCACAUUCAAUAAAUCAUUCAGCUCCUCAA